AUGCCGUCGGCAGAAAUCAACCAAGACCAAGAAAAUGAACAUGAGCACGAUCGGGAGCUCAAAACCAAUUCUGGUGUCGACGACGGCGACGGCGAGUCUAACGAGAAAGUGCCAAAUGGAGAGAUGGAGGUGAAGACGCCACAACAACAGGAACAACAACUACCGAAUCCCAUCAUUGUCGAGUUUAGCCCUGGAGACCCGACCAACCCCAUGAACUUCUCGCCCGCCAGGAAGUGGUUCAUCACCUCCAUUGUCACUAUUUCCAUCCUUGCCAUCACUCUUACCUCGUCAGCCUACUCUUCGUCGGCUGCUCAGGUCAUGGCCGAGUUUAACUCCAGCUCCGAGGUGUUCGCUUUGGGUGUCUCGCUCUUCGUCUUGGGCUUCGCCGUUGGGCCCGCGUUUUGGGCACCUCUCUCGGAGUUGUACGGCCGACAAAUUCUGUUCAUCGCCACUCACGCCCUCGUUGUUACUUUUGUUGCCGCCUCGGCCGGAUGUACUUCGAUGGCUCAGCUGUUGGUCUUUCGUUUUCUGGCCGGUACUUUCGGCGCCUCGCCCAUGACGAAUUCCGGCGGUGUCAUCGCCGACUUAUUCCCGCCCGCACAGCGUGGCCUGGCAAUGACCAUCUUUGCGGCCGCGCCCUUCAUGGGUCCUGUGUUGGGUCCUGUCAUCGGGGGCUUCGUCACCAUGAACGUCGGUUGGCGCUGGGUCCACGGCGUCUGUAGCAUCUUCAUCGGCGUAAUAUGGAUUGCUGGCUCCUUCUUGCUGCCCGAGACAUACGGCCCAGUGCUGCUGCGGAGACGAGCCGAAACUCUGUCACGCGAGACGGGCAUCCCACACAUCAGCGUCCUGGCCGCUCAGAACAGCAGCGCAACGCCCGCUGAGAUCUUCGGCCGUGCCCUGAAGCGGCCCUGGGUGUUGCUCUUCCUCGAGCCCAUCGUGCUCAUCUCCUCCAUCUACCUCGCCAUCCUCUACGGAAUUAUUUACAUGUUCCUGGGCGCUUUCCCCAUCGUGUACCAGGAUAUGCGCGGGUGGAACGAGGGAAUCGGCGGCCUCGCAUUCCUUGGCCUCGCCGUCGGCAUGAUCAUCGGCCUGAUGUUCACCAUCUUCGACAACCGCCGCUACCAAAAGCUGGGCAAAGACGCCACUCCCGAAUCACGCCUACCGCCGUCUUUGAUCGGUGCCCUGGUGCUGCCAGCGUCCAUGUUUGCCUUUGCGUGGACCAACGCGCCAAGGAUACACUGGUCGGCCAGCCUCAUCCUUUCGGCCCCCUUCGGGUUCGGUUGUGUGCUGGUCUUCCUUUCGUGUCUCAACUACCUGCUCGAUGCCUACACUAUUUACGCCGCAUCGGUCUUGGCCGCUGGCGCCAUACUGCGCUCCCUGUUCGCUACUGCGUUCCCGCUGUUUGUGGGGAGGAUGUACGCAAACCUCGGCAUUCACUGGGCCAGUUCCGUCCCGGCCUUCUUAACCGUCGCCUGCAUGCCCUUCCCGUUCCUGGCGUACAGGUAUGGCGCGGCAAUCAGAAUGAAGUGCAAAUAUGCCCAUGAGGCCGCCCUUCUCCUGGCUAAGAUGCGCGGGGCCGAUACCUCCACGGAUGGCGCCGGGGAGGGGAGGGAGUCGUCGCCGGCUUGAGGCAAGGGACAGGAAGGUGGAUGCACAGGUUAGCGGAAGUGGACAGACCCCCCGUAGCUCCAAUCACUUUAAUAACUGCGCGGCAGAGAGACAGAGACCUUAGACUUCUAGUAUACUCCUAUAGUAAUGCCC